AUGGACAGAUUAGGAUCUGUAUAUGAUUCCAAUGAAGACAUCAGAUUGCGUGAAAGUGAUUGCGAAGAAUUUGAAAAAAGUGCAGAUGAAAUUGAUUAUAUUCCAGUAAAUCCUGAUGUAUAUGUUGCUAGAGAUGGCACAGAAUGGAUACCGCAUAAUGAUAAUAUUCCUGACAGAUUUGCGGCUCGAAAUGUUUUGCGACAAAGCAGUGUUCCAACAAGCAAUAUAUGCUAUUGUGAGUCUCUCGAGUUGGCGUUAUCCGAGAAUGAGACGGACGUGUUCUUUUCCAUUGCUUGUCGCACGGAACGGGGCUAUCCUCUACCCCUGGAUGAGUACAGGAAGGACACUUGCGCCAGAUGCUAUUACUAUCUACCAUCCUUCGCCUUUCACGACUCCAGGAAAUUGAGAUAUGUCACGAAUGGAAUUCUUCUGUGGUACGAGGAAUCCACCAGCACCUUAGUGGAUCCUAUCAGCAACAAAUCAUUCGAGGCAGAUCCUGAAAUAGUGGGACAUCUAGCUUAUUAUUCGUUCCAGUCAGAGCUUUAUGCACGUAAAUGGAUCGCAUGUUGCCGGGCAGCGUUGGAUUGUUGCAGUCGAAUGCUGUCGGAUCCCUACAUAGAAGAAAAUGAUACUCUGUACUGCCCCCGCACUUGGGACGGAUGGCAGUGCUGGCCGGACACUCCAGCCGGAGAAGAAGCUCAAGGACUUUGUCAAGAACACGUGUAUUUCAUGAGUCAACCGCCACCCUGUCCUAAAUAUGCUUCGAAACGCUGUAUGUCCAAUGGCUCUUGGUACGUGAACGAGUGGGACAGUGAAUGGACAAAUUACAGCAGCUGCAGUCGAAUACAGGGCAUGCGGCGUUUACAGUACUUCCAUAUUGUGACAUACGCCAUCUCGAUGUUGUUCCUGAUACCAGCUCUUUUCAUCUUCGUCAUCUACAAGCAACUUCAAGUUUACCGCAUCACGAUGCACAAACACCUGUUCACCGCCCUUCUUUUAAACGCCCUCACCUGCAUCAUCUUCAAGAGCUUCAUCAUUCUCGAACAGAUGGAUCUUCCUUCCGAUCGAACGACGGUCUUGGAAGAAAAUGGGAUCGGCUGCAAGAUCUUGUGCGUCAUCACCAAGUACACCCGCAUGACGACCUACAUGUGGAUGUUCUGCGAGGGAUUCUACUUGCACAAGCUCAUAGCCGCCUCCUUUGCCGAACAGAAGUCGCUCAGGAUGUUCUACUUCAUCGGAUGGGUGUUCCCGAUAUUUCCAGUGGCGACAUUCUCCAUUCUCAGAUGGUAUUUUGCUGAUGAAGAAUGCUGGGCGAUACCAGUCAACCCUUACGAAUGGGUAACAAACAGCCCGAAUCUUCUCAGCCUUGUUCUGAACUUUGCUUUUUUGUGCAACAUCAUCCGUGUCCUGGUGACGAAACUUCGUGCCACGCAUACAAACGAGCCGAGUCAAUUCAGGAAAGCAGUUCGCGCCACUCUCGUACUCGUCCCCCUGUUCGGCCUGCACUUCUUCCUAGUGCUCUACCAGCCUCAAUCGGGGCAGUGCGUGACUCUCGAGGGUUACACCUUCCUCAGCUACUCUAUGGAUGGACUACAGGGUUUCUUGGUUUCCUUGAUAUUUUGCUACCUGAAUGGAGAAGGGAAGUUGAGGAGGCCAUUGAGCAGUCUUGACCACCAGUGGCUUAGAGCCACCCGUCUCAAAGAUGAUGCCAGUUCGGCGAAUUUGUUUGUAAUAUGGAUGGGUUAUGAUAAAGACAGCAGUAGGCCACAAACAAUCCUGUCGAUACUGCCUCGUUCAGAGAUGAUGGGGAGGGACUGUAUACAAGAGGAAGAGGAGAAGUCCACCAAAUGA